ACUACGUCAACUAGCUGUCCGUCCGCCGAUCAGUAUUGGAAUGGUACGUCAUGUACCUCUUGCACCAAGUGUGGGCCAGGGUACGGAGUGAAAACCAAAUGUAGCGAAAAGCAAGACACAGAGUGUCAAGAAUGUUGGCCUGGAUACGAUUGGUCGAAUAACACGAGCAUGGAACCGUGUAUUUAGUAAGUUAAGUGGCACGUAGUACCUGCGAUUUUGGUUUAUUUUCGAAAAAUAAGAGUUAAUAAAAUUAAUAGACCUCUUUAUCUUUUAUGUUUUAAAGGCCUUAGGGGAAUUCCCUCUUUGAUUUUUCACAAAUCAAUGAAUGAAAUAGUCUUCUAGAUUAGCAUCACAUGACCUACACUGGGAAAACAAAACAUACAAGCUAAAAAGGUGCACUGGUAGGUUCGUAAUUGAACGCUGUCUCAAAAUCAACGUCGCGAACAAAAAUGAUGGGUGAACAUUAACCUUCGAGAAAGAUUACCAGAAUCAUGCGCCAUCACAAUCAUGUGUUCGACACAACAGUGGCCCAGUCCCCGGCUCAGCCACAAACUGGCCAAUAAAACAAACCUCAUAAAAAGCAUCCCUCUCUCUCUCUCUCUCCUUUCCCACACCCUUCUUUAGCCCCUCCCCAUCCCCCUCCACGCCCCCUCCACACAAACACAGUCUGAAAAUGCCCAUUACAUUUGUAAGAAAUAAUAACAAAUUUCUUUUCUCGCACGACAGCUGUAUAAAUGAAGUCUCGGAAUGCCUGGAAGGAAACUUCAAGAUUAUUCGCAACUGCACAACAACUUCCCCGACAAAGUGCAAAGGCUGUGCGGAGGGGCAUUACUUCGAUCCAGGCUACGGAGAACAUGGAGGAUGUGUUCCUUGUUCACAGCCAUGCGACGGUAUUUUUCAAAAAGAGACAAGGAAAUGCGAAACUGCGCAUGAUCGUUUAUGCACCGCACGGGAUCCAACUGAACUUUUGGUAAAAAGUAAGCCUAUUAAAAACGGACCUAGAGCUAACAAGAUGCCACCUCAGGCCUUAUUUCUUAUUAUUCUUUAUUUCCUAUAUUAA